GGCCACAGGUUGGACAGCGGCUCCCCGUUCUGGAAGAUUCACCUCGAUCAAGACCUUCUGGAUACCAUCAGCGCGAUUUAUCCAGAGUGGUUUAAGGACUACACUAACAGCCGAGCAGCGUCGACAUCCUCUACGUCCUCGAGCGCUUCCGGCGUGCAAUCCUGCAACGAGAACGCCGCCGUGGUCGUCGUUACCGAACGCAGUGGCGAGCACAAGAUCGCCAAAGGCGACGCGAAGUCGAAGUCCAAGGCGAAAAAGGCGGACAGCCACAAGGAUAAGGACCGGAACAGGAAGGACCCUAGGCGCGACGUCAAGGACGAGAGGGACGCUGGAAACGGUAAGAAAGGAACGAGAUCCACGCCGCAGCAGGAUAAGGCAGCGGCGGACGCGGCAGGAAGGAAGGCCGCGGGUGCAGUUCCAGGAUCAGGAACGGAGAUGGCCGAGGGCAAUCAGUCGCCGCCGAAGGCGGAGGUCGAUGAUUCGCCUCUCCAACACGCCAUGGAUCGCAACAAGGAAUCGUUGAAGGUGAAGCUCAUGCUGAGGCGACCCAUCAAUCAGCUGGUUGCGCAAGGCAUCAUGCCACCGUUGAAGACGCCACCGGCGUUCCAUGAGCAACGGAAACAGUUGGAGCGGGCGAAGACCGGCGAUUUGCUAAAGGCGAAGAUCCAGCAGAGACCAGGCAGAGACGAGCUGGUCCGACAGCACAUCCUCGAGGAUGUGGGUCACGUGGAUCCGAGCCUGGCUGAGCGACAGCGGAUGCUGAAGAAGGCCAGGCUGGCCGAUCAGCUCAACGAUCAGCUCAGUCACCGACCCGGGCCGCUCGAGCUCAUUCAGAAGAACAUUCUUCAUACUGAAGAGCCCAUCGAAAGGGCGGUCAAAGAGGGUCACAUUCCCUUCAAAGCCACUUGCGAGGGGCAAGUGACGAAACCCCAACAUCCGGACCACUACAUCACCUUCGAGGAUGACUCCCAGAGCUCGGAGGGCGCGCCUUCGCCGCAAUUGGAGUCGCGAUCGUCGGACGUGCUGGAGACCGCGGCAGCCUCUGCGGGCAUCGUCACGGUCUCCCUCAGCAUACCGACGACCGGCGGCGCCGUCGUGGUCUCUUCGACGUCUCCCGUCUUUCAGCAAACCUCCACGGAGUCGACGAUACAGACCUUCGCUGAGCUCUGCAACACCGUCGUAGGCACGCAGCAGCAACAGCAGCAACAGAGUCAACACCAACAGACUCAGCAAGGACAGCAACACACAUCCACGCAGGCAAGCCAGACGACGAAUGGCCCUUCGACGACCCUCCUACCAUUGGCGCCGGCGCCAAGCCCGAUGUCCCUGGGGUCGACGACGUCCAGCCUGAGCCCUCUGUCCAACAUCUCGAUAGCGUCGCCCCCAGCACCGCCGCCGGCGGCGAUCACCCCGCGGCUCCAGCCGAGCCCGAUAGCCACCGCGGCCGCUACCACGUGCCAAAGGAGCGACGCCCCCGGUAAGGACAAGAACAGAAAGAAGUCGAAGACCAAGAGCCAGCCGAAGACCCGCACGAUCAAGUUCCACGAGUACAAAGGUCCGCCAAACGCGCAAAAGACGCCAGUGUCGUCCAGCUCUUCCGGUCUCGGCGCCACGCCACCCGGCGAGACCAGUUACGAGUUGCUCCUGCAGCAGCAGCAGCUGUUUCUCCAAUGGCAGCUGGAAUGGCAACACAAGUAUCCACAGAUUAUCUUGCCGGCAGCGCAGAAGCCACAAUCGUUCGCGAGCAGCGGUGCGAGCGAUGCUGGUAGCAUAAGCGGGAGCAGCGCGAACGCUGCCAGCCCGGCUCCAUCGAACUCCUCGAACAAUCCCUCGGAGCAGCCACCGUUGAGGCCUUUGGUCAAAUUAGAAGACAUGAAAGUGAGCGACCUCAAGGUGGAACUGAAACGACGGAACUUGCCGGUAUCGGGCUCGAAACCGCAGCUGAUCGAGCGACUGAAGCCCUUCACGGAGUCGUCCACCAACAACUCGACCUGCAACUCGAACGGGCCGCACGUUACUCACAUGGGCCACAUCCUGAUGGACACGCCCGGCCCGAUGGCGACGGACGAGUCGAGUUCUCAGGCCAAGAGUCCAUGCUCCAUCGUGAAGGACGAGCCAAACAGCCCGCGUACAGCUUCGCCUCACAGCAGCGAGCACGACGACCCAUUGAGCCCGCCAGGAGAUGAUAUCAUCAAGGUGCAGAGGAAACGGAUAGAGGAGUUGCAGCGCGAGCUGUACAAGUCGCAGCAACAGCUCCAGCAGAUCCGCCAGACGCAGCCAGCUACGGUGCGCGCCGAGAAGCUGGUGCUUCAGCAACACAUACAGAACAAGAUGCAGCAACAACAGCUGGCGCUGCACUUGCAACAGCUUCAGCAUUUGCAGCAGCAGCAGCAGCAACAACAACAACAGCAACAGACUCAACAACAGACGCAACAGCAGCCGCAACACGCUACGAUCCAGCAACUCAACGCGAAAGCGAGUCUCGCGGCCUUCCUGCAGGCACAGCCGAAUAACGCGACCGCCAUUCUUGAUUCCGCGACUUUGACCGCGAUUAACAAUAAGAAGAAUCAGUCCAAGAACAACGCCACUGUACAGAUAUCGCCCACAGCGAUCGUUUUAAACCUGGCAAAGCCGACGAAACUGAAUGGUUCGCUGUUCGGUGCCCUCGUAGCGCAGGCGCAAGCUCAGCAACAGCAGCAGCAGCAACAAACGACUACGACCGCUGCAACCACUACUACGGAGGACAGUAAGCCGUCACCACCGCAGUACGAUGAAGCUGCGAAAUUGCUGAAAGUUAAGAUUGAGCCGGUCCAGAAGAGUCACAUAAAGAGCCAGUCAGUCGACGAUGUGCUGGAAAUUCUCAUUAAGAAUGGCGAGCUGCCACCAAGUGCUGCGCAAGAUCCAGCUACGCCCACCACUCCGAACCGGCAGUUGCAGCAAAAUCUGGUCUUUACCGCACCGGCGGACAGUCCAACGCCAUCGUUGGUCUUCGCAGCCGCCAGUCCGAUCAGUCCAAUCAGUCCGAUACCAAUGGAAGUGUCGCAAAGCGGUUGCUCGAGCCCGUCAACGCCAGCACCGCCACCGCCACCGCCGUUACCGUUAACAACGUUCUCCAUUCAGUUACCCAGUGCUCUGCAGCAACUGCAGCAGCAGGAGGAGAUCUCGUCAUUCAGUACAGAUCUCUUGAACUCCGAGAGCGAGCUGGAUGCCGCGAUGUUGCUCAGUCCUCAAUCGGCGCAGCAGGCAUCUCCGGACCCCCAGCCGCCGCAAGAAGUUACCUCCUCGGAUAAUGCAAAUCUAGAUCUCAAAGAACUGGGACUAGACUUGGAAACGUUGGACCCGAUGGACUUCGGCCAGCUGGACUGCGACAUGCCAAUGGACAUGGACGAUCCCGAUUGGCUGGACUCCCUGAUGCCCCAAUCGCCGCCAGCAUCCACGACGCUGUCGUCGUCCAAUCAGCAGUCCACCACACCGUCGAUCGGUCUCUCGUCCGCUACGGAUAUCUACGAUCCGCUUUUAGGUAGCAGUCAAUACUCCUUUGAUCUCUUUAACAUGGAGGACUCGGACUUCAAGAUGUCAUCCGAUCUGUCUCCCAUGACGUGGGACAAGGUGGACUUCGCGACCUAGCCCGAAAUACUCUCUCGCAAUUCGGCGUUGUGUACUUAAUCCUCGGCAGGUAAAACGAAAACUAUCUACUCGAAGGAGACAGAGGAGCUACCCGGUGCGUUUUUACAACCGUCUCGCGACACUCCCGCUCCCGAUGCGUUUCAUGAUCGGGUUUCAUAUCGACGUUACAUCCAACGUGUACUUACACGCGUGCAUCGAGACGAAAAGCGAAUCUCGAUAGCGCGAAUCUGCUACUAACAAACACCGGUAGCGCAAUCGUGCGCGACGCGUAAUCGUAAUUAACAAUUAUUAAGAACGAGAAGAACACGGUACCACGGACCAGUCCUCACAGUGUUUGACGCGCGUGUCAUCGUUCGCGCGUUCUUCGGUCUUCCUCGAUCAACGAACGCUAAAUUGUCGUUCUUUCGGUCGAUACGACCGAUCGUGUUCCGCUGAGAGAUCCACCCGCCCUUGUUCGAUAAGUACUCGCGAUUCUUGGUCUCUUCGUGAAUUUUGCGCAUCCCCGCGAAUUAAGAUCCUCGAUCGUACGACGCUCGAGCGCGCGCUCGAUCGGGAACGACGAGACAAAAAGAACGACGGCGAAUUUUCCGGGACCGAAAAAUCAACUGCGACACUUUCAAAAUUCUCCAAAGAGUCAGCUAACGACACGUUUUUCUAAGCUAGUUUUUACUGUCCAGUCGUGUGUUGCUUGAGUUUUAAUAACCGCGAGAAAAUAGCGUGUGUGUAUCCAAGGUAAGGAGACGAGAAACACUGCGUAUAUGACCUUCUCGGAUAAUACAUCCCCUUUCCCCCGCCUCACCGUCACCCUCCUCUUCUCGUACACACCGUAAUGAAGCAAUCGUAGCAUAACCGUAUAAUUAUACAUACUUACAGAAUCUAAUAUAAUACAAUAACGCUAAUUAUCGUGUAAAGGUAUCAUAUAUACAUAUAUGCAUAAUGUGUAAAAAAAUAUAUACUUCUACAUGCGCCUGACGUCUGCGAGUCGAGUACGUUUCGGAUACGCGAGUUCGAGGACCUUCCAGCGCAGCUAUACAUAUUUUCUAAGCCACAGAGCAUGUGAUGUUAGGAAUUAUUGCGUACUUUAAUCAUUAUAAGAUAUAAAGACCGAGAGAAAGAGAGAUCAUGGGAAACGGCUGCACGCGAGCGAGCUGCACUUACUAUGCGCCGGGAUCGGUUGCUGCGGCGCGGUCCUUCGGCUUCUUUCCCCCCGCGAUUACUAAUCCUUUCGUUGUUUUAUGACAUUCCAUGUUUCCAAACUAUUAUGAACAUACGAACAAAUAAGAGAAGAUCGAAAGCCACGCGUGUCGCGAGCCGCAACCGUCACGCACGUCGCACGUGCGAUCGCUACGUGAAUCGAGGAUCCUGUAUCGGAGUGUUUUUCGUCGAGCGAGGGUGUCCUUUCGAAUUUUGUCUCCGAAAUGGUGUCGCCGUGCAUUUUCUCCGACGUUUUCUUCGCAGACCAAGCGGCUUCGCGUGUCGACGUAACGACGAAGGACCGCGCCGCCAAGCUCGGUAAAACGAGAGAGGAGGAAAGCGUGUGCGUGAACGUGUGAAAGACGCGAGCAUGUUUCGAAAACCGCGGGUGCUUGCCUGAGAGCGUAAGGGAGCCUCGAAUUAAUUGUAACGAGGAGGAACUGCAAUAUUUUAGAUAAAUCAUUGUCCGAGUAGCAUAAAAAUUGCAAACGUGAGAAAAGAAUUCAAGGAAAAAUUAUAUUCCGAAUUAUUGAGAAAUCCUUUCUAUUUGGGAUCUACUAUGUAAGAUUCCAAAAAAUGUUUUACCUAAAAUGAUUAUUGAUAUUUCCCAACGAUUUUUUACUAAAUGUCUUCUUAACAUUCUGUGAAGAUAUUGUUACAAAGAGCUCUAGAUUCUCUUACAUGACUGCGUGUGUCGACGUUUAUGGACAGCGAUGGUGCUAAUUGAAACCCCAAUAUGCAGCGAUCGACUCUCCCCGUAAUCGCGGUUGUUUCUUCUAAGAAAUCCUUUUGCAACGUUCCGAAUUUUUUCUCGCGACCAACGUGCCUCGAAGUGUCGAUUUUCUCGGCGAGCUUUCUAGUUCCACGCGGGACUGGUGUUAUUUACGAUUAAGAAAAUAGGCAGAGAGAGAGAUAGAUAGAGCGAGAGAGAAUGCGUUGAAUGUGUAUUGUUGAAUUUGAAUUAGAGAAACUUAGCGAGCUCUGCGUUUCCGCAGUUUCACAUUUGCGAAACGGCACAUUGGACCGCCCGCUCAUCAUUUCCCCCGCCCGCAUCCACCAGAGAAGCAACAAAAGAAAAAUAAUGCAACAUUCCAAACAUAUUCACGCUCUCCACGGAAAAUCCUGAAGACCUCGAGGUACUGCCAUGUUCCGUGCGCGCGAGAUAUCCUGACAGAGAGAAAAAAAAGAACCUGAAAGGAGUCCGACAGAGACGAGGAAUGCGAACGCGCGUCGCGUCGCACCGUCGAAUUCGUCGAGACACGCGCGGAAAGUAAUUAAGCCGAAACUCGAUGCAUUUAAUUAAAGAAACCAGUUUGCGCCUUCUCCUCCGUCUGUUCUCCGCCGUCUUGACUUUUAAAGCCGAAAAAACGUUUUGACAAGCGUCGCUUCCGCAAAUCCUGUGAAUUUCGUAACUUUGCGAAUAAUUGCUCGGCAAAGGGAUCGACAAAGCAAUCUUUUUUUAGAUGCUUCAUGAGCAUAACAUCGAUUGAUGCUCGAAAGUAUCAUUUUCUUCGUAGCAAAAUAGCUCUCAAGCUACUGAUCGAUCCAUCAAGUGCUGUCGAUUUAUCGUUAAGACCGACCGCUUUGCAAUCGCGUUUUAUUAACAUUUUGCAUUUAAAGUUAUAGCUUCCAAAUCGCUUUCCGUCGUUGUCCGGAGCUCUUAAUCCCAUAUUGUUCCACCGAGUAUCUCGGAAAAUGCAUGCACUGAAUUUUUAUUUCCUCGCGCUUUAGAUGCGCCAUUUGUAAUAAUAUAAUAAUACGUAGAUGAAAUAUUUAAGAGCAAAUCUUCUUUUAUAUAACCUUAGGAAAUCUGACUUCUUGAUGUAAAUUUUUUAUUGUUUUUAUAUUCUCUUAGGACUUUCUAAAUUUACAUGCUGAAAUCGAUACGUGUAUGGACAUCAAAGUCUGGAUAAAAGUAUUGAAAAAUAAUUGACAAUUAACUCUUAAAGACGAUAAAACGUGAUCUGAAAACUCAAACGAUCUCUGUCAUGACCGACGGGCGGAACAUGGCAUCGGGGUGAGAAACGAAGGUGCCAAAAAGAGUGUCCCUUGCCACUAGUUUUACCUAGAGAAUUGUCACCAGUGUCACCAUUCGUUGCCAUGACAAUAAAGGUUUUAAUAAAGGUUUCUAUAAAAUACUGUAUAUAUAAUAUCAGAUAAUAUCAGAAUGAGAGAGAAAAUUGAUGAGAGAAAAUUCGAGAGAGCGUGUGCGUGUGUGUGCUUGAAUGGAAGGAAAAAAAAGGAGGAGAGUGCGUUUCGCGGUGAGCUUGUAACGAAUUUACUUAGGAUAAUCGACGGGCGAUUGUGGCACGAGAGAGAGAAGAAAAACAGAUUGCCAUAAAACCGCGCGUCCUAUCUCAUCGAAUUCGCGUCGCAGCGGGCACCACGCUGCUCGGCGUUGCAAACGCAACGCGUGACCAUUUCGAUUUCGAGUCGUUCAUCGCGUGAUUCUGCGGAUGAUUGACCGAUCUGUCAGGCUGUGCGAAUCUGGUAGUCUGUCGCGUGUGCGUCUGUCUGCGGUGCGGAGUAUGCGUGUAUGCGAACAAUGAAUGAGUCUUUGUAACUCGCGAGAUCCAGCGAGGACGAAGUGAACGCUUUAAGCAAGUGGGCGCUUGAGCGAGGUGUGAAGCGCGUAAAAAAGCAAUCGCAUCUAUACAUAUAUACAUACAGAGCUUCGUCGAGGCGACGAUGUUGUGGCGAAUUGCGCGUGAGAUUGCAUCGAGAGGGUAGCGAAAGGGGGAUGCAGUAACAUCGCACGUGAACACACAUUUUGUAUUGCGCAUUGCGAGGAAGUGGUAUUAUAUAUAUAUAUAUAUAUAUAUAUAUAUAUAUAAAAGUUUUUUGUUAUUAAGUAUCAUUGAAUUUAUUGUAAUGAUGUAUUCUUAAGUAACGGUCAAGUAAUUAUUGCUAGAGAGAGUGUUAUUUAUUUUUAUUUGUUGCGAAUUUAUCGAUAUUGCCUUCCACAUUUGAGUAAAAUAAAUAAAUAUGAAGUUAUUCGCUAA